AUGGCUGAAUUACAGGCGAAAGAAAGAUUAAAGAGUAUUUCUGGCCAUUUGGCGAAUACGACGCGGGAGUCAGUGAGGCCGAAGUUUGAGUUGGAGGAUCAUAUGGUUGACUAUGUGAGGCCGUUGAGAGUUGGUGUUGUAGGUGCGGGAAUAUCGGGGAUAAGCGCAGGCGUCCUUUUACCUGCGAAAGUUCCUGGAAUCGACUUGACGAUAUAUGAAAAGAAUAGUGAUGUAGGUGGAACGUGGGUAGAAAAUAUCUAUCCAGGAGUACGAUGCGACGUACCAGCAAACGUCUAUCAAAGCACAUUUGCACCAAACACCCAAUGGACAGAAGCAUUCGCACAAGGUCACGAAAUCAGAAAAUACUGGCAAGACCUCGCCAAAAAGCACAACGUCUAUCAAUACGUCAAAUUCAGCAACCAAAUCCAACACGCCGAAUGGCUACCAACAGAGUCAAAAUGGGCCGUCACCAUCCAAGACCUCAAAAAUCAAGAGACAAGAGUCGAGAAAUUUGAUAUCUUCAUCACAGCAAUAGGACGUUUCAACGCGUGGAAACUCCCAGACUAUCCAGGAAUUGAAGAUUACAAAGGCCAUCUCCGGCACUCCUCAAACUGGGACCCCAGUUUCGAUCCCACCAGCAAAACAGUCGCAGUGAUCGGCAACGGCGCAUCCGGAAUCCAAGUUGUGCCCGAGUUGCAAAAGGUUGUCAAACAUCUCGACCACUACGCACGUUCACGAACCUGGAUCGCCGGAUCACUAGGCGGUUUGGAUCGCAAAGCCGAGCCCAUGUAUUUCAGCGAGGAGCAAUUGAAAGAGUUUGAGAACCCCGAGAAAUAUCUGGAGUUUCGGAAAGAACUGGAGAAUACGUAUUGGAAACGCUUUGGGGCGGUGAUGAAAGGGUCAAAGGAGAAUCUAGCUGCGAAAGAGGAGUUUAGGGAAUUAAUGCGAAGACGACUGGUUGAUAAACCAGAGUUGCUUGAUUUGAUAGUCCCAGAUUUCUCACCGCACUGCCGCCGCCUCACACCCGGCCCAGGCUAUCUCGAAGCAUUAUCCCAACCAAACGUCUCUUUCAUCCAGGACAAAAUCGCACGUAUCACGCCCACAGGCAUUGAAACCGUCUCCGGCGUUCAUCGUGAGGUUGACGCCAUAAUCUGCUCCACAGGCGCAAACACCGAUUACGCACUCCCCUUCCCCGUGAUCUCACACGGGACAAACUUGGCCUCAGCAUGGAAACCUGACGGCGAAUUCGGAUUCCCAUAUACGUAUCUGGGCAUCGCGACGCCUGGUUUCCCAAAUCUGUUUUACAUCCAUGGCCCGAAUGCGGCGGGGGCGAGUGGCACACUGCCGCAUAGUGUGGAGAAUCAGGUGGUUUAUAUUGCGAAGUUACUUAGGAAAUUAAGCAAUCAAGGGAUCAAAACUGUUGUGCCGAAAAAGGAGGCGGCGGAUGAUUUUGUGGAGUAUUGUGAUAGUUUCUUUCCUACGACUGUUUUGAGUGAGGAGUGUAGUUCGUGGUCUAAUGGUGGUAUACCAGGCGGUAAAAUCCACGGCCACUGGCCCGGAUCCUCAGCACACUCAACAUUUGUCCGGCGCUCACCUCGCUGGGAAGAUUUCGACUAUGAGCUUCUGGAUAACAACAAAAGUAAAAAUAGAUUCGCUUAUUGGGGUAAUGGAUGGACUAGUAAAGAGUUAGAUCCGGAGAGCGAUUUGACGCCUUAUUUGAAACAUCCUGAGAAAGUGGAUUUGAGGGAUUGGCAUGAAAGUUGGUGGGAUUUGUAG